AUGAGUGGCAAUGGAGUUGAAGCAGCCUCUAAAGCGACUUCCGAUGUCGUCGACACCGAAUCUGAUGCCAUGUAUCAGGUACGCCUCAUCCAUAACUGGCCACCGCAGACGUCUGUGCUGCUGGAUAAAACUCUCGUCUCGUCGUUCUACGGUUUGCAACUCGAGCUCCGAGGCAACAUCAAAGACCGGACGGACUCUCAGAGCCCGAUCACAUUAUUCAACGAUGGCCAGACUGUAUCGAAAGCCGGAGAGAUCAGAAAACCAACUUCCUCGCCGCUGCACUUUGGUAACAGCUUGGCAUCUUCGUCGGCGCUACUUGAAUCAUUGGAUAAUAUCACAGGCCCAUUCGAAUUGGUUGUCAUCGGUAAGGUAGCCAUUCCAGCACCUGAUGAUUCAUCUAUAGAUGAAGACACACGGGCCGCUCUACAGCAAAUGUCGAGCGUGCAAGUUGAAAACACCUUGUUAGAGAUCAAUGGUGAGCGAUUUUUGGUCGAUAGGGGUGCCAGUGGAGCUGAUAUUUAUCGUCGUCUGUGGAUUGUGGCAUCACGGGCAUCUCUUGCCUCACCGCUCGAGCUGACAUUUCGUCGGCACAAUCUCGCUCAAGUAUCAGCCAAAAUCGUGCCGUUCGCGCGGCGAAAAGAUGUUCAGGAUGCUCAAAUCGCGCAAUUGGCAAAACUUGCCGCUGAGGAGGCUGCUCUACCGAUUAAUAUUCGUCGCAAAAAGCUUUUCCUCAUACAACAAUUGGAUUUUGAACGUGAACACUACUUGGUGGCUUAUCUAAGCGAGCCACUUCAAGAGCUACACACACGAAUCAUGGAUAGUUGUCAGUGGCAAAUUUACGAAUUUGGCAAAACGCUUUGGUAUUUCCACGCACCAACAGCGCGUUUGUGCGCUCAACAUCCACUGCGAAACCAUCCAGAGGCUCGUGAACUCAUCGAACGAGUGCAACAGCAAGUUCAGCAGGCAGUUCGCAAGCUUCAACGGAAAACUCGAUCGCACCAGCGUCGGCAACGCCUGAUGCGCUUAAUCCAGGCCGAAAUGCGUCGACGAGAAGAAGAAAAACGCAAGGAGCGAGAACUGCAACGCGCAGUGCUUCGAAUCCAACACCGGAUACGAGCAUAUCAACGUCGGAAACGUUAUUUAGUCAUAAUUCAAGCGGAAAAGAUACGGCUGAAACAAAUUCGGCGACAGCAACAGCUAGCAGAAGAACGGCAGCGUGAAGAGCAACGAAUUGAGGAAAAACGGCAACUUGAGGCAAUGAAACUGGAGCAACAGCGAUUGCAACAGGAACUUGGCGAACUGAAAUUGGAGUUGCAACAAUUGAAAUUGCUCAAAGAGACUAGAACGCCAAUACGGGAUACACAAUCCAGUGUCAAUGACGAGGUCAGAGCCAUCGAAAAGAUGCGGCAAGAAGAGCAACGAAUAUUGCAACAACGACUUGAAAAACUUGAGCAGGAAUUUCGGAAUCGGAAAGAGGUCAAAACAGUUGUGGAAAGAGAAACGCAAACCAGUUCCAGAAGCGAAAAUGAUGCGAUCGAGCAUCUGAGAAUUGCAGAGCAGCUACGUGCUCGGCGGGCUAUCGAGGAAUUGGAACUGAAGCUGCAAUGUCAACACGCAAAAGUUUUCACAGAAUCAGUCACACAAACUAGUGGUCGAAGAGGUAGCAACUUACGAGAUAAAGGCGUCGAUACGGGGGAAGACCUGGAGUGGCAACGCUAUUUGACAUUAUUGAGAGUGAGCAUUAAGAAUAAGAAGAAAAUGUCUUCCCCCACAAGCCGACAUACGCAGACUGAGACUGUCGAUGGUGGGAACACCCUUGCCGCUUCAUCAAUUCUUCGAACGCCGCAAAAUGCAAUCUCCUUCUCGUCUCGCCAAUUGAAUGGAGAAUGGAAGGGAUUACCGUCAAGGCAACAACGCAACGGCGGAUGGUCCAGCAAUAACGCCUGCAGUCAUCUCACUCUAAAGAGCAGUCCAAGGCAGUUUAAUGAGUUUGAUGUAUUGGCACCGCCAACUCGUACAUUCGAGUCGUUCUUCGCUCCAGAUUUAGUGACAAGCAAGCAACCUCCUCCACCGCUCGUUGAGCAGACGUGGAGACAGGGUUCCACCUUUUUGCCGGUAAAUGCCAGUCGUAAGUUGUCGGACGUAACUCCUGGUCAUCAGGUGCAACAGCAGGAGUACCGAGAGCCAAUCCGGCCGAUCCGCACAACGGGGAAUUAUCCUUUUACGCAGCAUUCUCCAGUCUCCGCCUCAACAAAUCCAACGAAACUUCCAUACAUAACGCGAAGGCAUAAAAAGUUUGCCUUAUAG